GCUUUCUAACCGCAAUCAUGUCGCCAAGCAGUAACCUCUCGCCACAAACAACCAAAUCACCGACUUCUGGAAUCACUUGACAAGCGGCAAACAAGUCUGCGGCAACACACAAGAAGAAGGCGCCGCUCUCGGCCCGCCUCGAUCCCUUUCAUUCCUCCCUCGACCUCGCGCAGCGCCCGAUCCGUCUCAAGUUUCCGCCAACCGAGUUUAAUGCCGGCCGAGUAGUAUCACCUUCACCUUCCCGCUAGGCCGCCAUGGAUUCAUACCAUCGGGAGUCUGCUCGUUCUCCUGGCGACCGUUGGAGUGGCCGCGACGAUACGAGGAUAAAGGAUGAAAGAGGAGACAGCUUCUACCGCAACGGCAGAUCUCCUGACCGCAGCAGACGCCGAUCCCGAUCCCCUCCCGCGGUUGAUCGUUACGAGCCCAGGGCGCGCGGCCGUGACGACUAUGCCGGCACUCGCGACCGCGACGACCGGAGCCGCCGCUCACCCCACCCGGUUAUUGAUCGCUACGUGCCCGGGCAGGAUUCCGCCCUGCCGCAGUCCCUGAACAACCCUCUUCCGGAUCCGCUCAAGCUGUCGUAUCAGGUGGGCUUCUCGUGGUUUGGCGAAUGGUGGAGGGCAAAUGAAAGAAUAAAGGAGGAGAAGGAGCGUCUGAAAAGUGGCCGGCGCCGCGAACCCGAGCGUCCCAGAGGCCCGCGCGAAGCCCAGGAGGAGCGGGAGAAAGAAAAGGCCAAAAUUCAAGCUGCCUACGACAAAUACAAAGAGGAUCUCCAGGCGAAGAUGGCACACGCCUUUGUCAAACAACACAAGGAAGAACAGUGGUUCAAGGAACGCUACGUGCCUGAAGUUCGCGACCCGUUCCGCCAGCAGCUGAACGAACAACGUCUUGGCGCCUAUGCCCGCUGGGAGCAGGACCUCGCCUCGGGCGUCUUUGACGACUUCUCCCUCGAGGGCAUACCCAAGAGCGAGAGCAACGGAGCUGGCGGCGCGGCCGAGAAAGAGGAGGGCGAAGCGACCGCUGCGAACGAAGUUCUUGGUGUUGGCGAUCUAGUGCCAGCCCAGCCCACCGAGAUCCGGGAUGAGAGCCUGGAUCAGCCCACUCUCCUCAUCAAGACCAUUGCGCCCUCCGUAAGCCGCCAAAAUCUUGAGGCCUUUUGCAAGGAGCAUCUCGGAGAGGGUGAAGGUGGUUUCAAGUGGCUCUCUUUGAGCGAUCCAAAUCCUAGUAAGCGGUAUCACAGGAUCGGCUGGAUCAUGUUGCACCCCGCUCCCGAGGCUCCCAUUCCCGAGGAGGACGAAGGUGCCGGGGACGAGGACGGCGAGUCCAAGCCUGCCGCUCCUGUCUCAACUGCCGAGAAGGCGCUCGAGGCCAUCAACGGGAAAACCGUCAAGGACGAGCUGCGUGGCGAUUUCACCUGUCAUGUCGGUGUCCAUAAUCCACCCUCACACCCCAGGAAGAAGGCGCUUUGGGAUCUCUUCUCCGCCCCUGAGCGCAUUCAUAAAGACCUCCAGCUUGCCACAGAACUCGUUACCAAGUUCGAGGGUGACAUUGGGUCCGACUUGAACGCAAACCGCCUGAUUGAAGACCAUGUUGACAGGCUGCGUGAUGAAGGGAAGCUGCAACCUGCGGUCCCGGUGACCUCGGUCAAGAGGCCAAAGAAGCAGCGGGAGCGGACUAUUACCCUGGAUCAAUCCAUGGAUAUGGAGCGUGAAGAGGGAGAUGAGGAAAUGGCUGAGGACGGCGAAGACGAUGAAGAAGAGGGAAUGGUGGAUGAUGAGGUUGAUGACAUCGACCUCCUCGUGGAGAAGAAGCGGCUGGACUUGACUAUCGAGUACCUCCGCCGUGUCUUCAACUUCUGCUUCUUCUGUGUGUUUGAGAGCGACUCGGUUCACGAGUUAACCCGCAAGUGCCCGGGCGGCCAUCUCCGGAGGCCUAGGAGCACCUUGUCCUCGGCAGCCAAGGCCGUGGCUGAGGCCAGCGCGAACGGCGACCCCUUCCCGUCGAAGAAGCGUAAGGACGAGGAGGUUGAGGAGGGCGAGGCCCCCGAAGAGGACCGCAAGUUCCGUGCCUCCUCCAAGGCCGAACAACAGCUGCAGCGGGCGUACAACUGGGUCAAGACGUUUGAGGACAAAAUCAACCAGAUCCUGCAUCCCGAGACAGUCGACCUCAGAAAGCUGGGCGGCAAGCCAGUCGAAGACGCAGUCAACGACGAGCUGGGCAAGUACGUCAAGCAGGAAGACGAGCACAAGUGGCGCUGCAAGGUCCCCGAGUGCACAAAGCUUUUCAAAGAGGAGCAUUUUUGGCGUAAACACGUUGAGAAACGCCACACCGAGUGGCUAGAGAAGCUCAAGGAAGAGUUCCAAUUGAUCAACGCCUAUGUGCUCGACCCGGCGCACAUCGCGCCCUCGCGCACUGACGCGAACUCCAAUGGCCACUUCCCCCAGUCCAACGGUCAGCAGCCGACGGGCACCCCACGCGGCUUUAACCUGCAAAACUAUGCCAUGAACAGCAUGCUCAACUUCCCGGGCUUCCCCAUGGCCAUGUUCCCGCCCGGCAUGAUGGGCGGCAGUGGCGCCGGCGGCGCGAACCCGCUACCCAACCCAGCUAGUUGGCACGCCGGGACCGGGGUUGACGACCGUGGUGCAGGCGCCGGCCCGAUCCGUCGCGGCGGCGGUAUGUCGAGCGGCGGCGGGAGCCGGUUCCAGAACCGGUUCGGACCAUAUGACCGCCGCGGCGGCAACUCGCGUUACGGCGGCGAUGGUGGCGGUGCGAUGGGUGGCGGGCGCGGUCGUGGCGGGCCAGCUAACAGAUGGGGCGACGGCGCCGGCGUGGCAGCUGUCGGUCCGAGGGAGGCGGUGCAGGGCCGGACACUCAAGAGCUACGAGGACCUGGAUCAAGUGUCCGGUGGUGGUGGUGGAGAGCUCAACUAUUAAAUCUUCUGCGCCGGCUCUUUGUCGAGUGAGAGGCGGUACAUUGGGGGCUGCAGACCUAGGGCGCCAUACGCUGGUGAAAGAUUGCUGAAGCUCAAUGAGGGAGCAGUCUCACACACUCACACACACACACACACACACAUCUUGGUGGCUUCUGAUGGGAAUCGGUGACCUU